CGGUGUUGUGCUGCAGUGCAACAAGGGGUUCCGCUUCAGAAACUGCAAGUCACAACCAGUUACUUUUUUGUGCUGUGAAGCUGAGUACUGACAGCUCGACAGGAUUAGCAAUGCUUUCUAGAUACGCGCGAGUCAAUCCAGCUAAAGCUCACAUCCGCAACCUAUGGACGCAAAGAACUGCCUCUCGUUCAGAGCUGGCACAAGCUGUAGCAGUGAGCGUAGCCGACUUACCUAAGAAACCAAUCGACGUUUGCGUCGCCCUUGUAUCCCAGUCAUUUCCCGCCAAUGACCUUCUCAAGCUCAACACCGAAUUCUUCAAACAUAUCAACCCUAAAAUCUUCAUCGGGGCAGUGGUUGACCGCGUGCCAUCACCGCAAUCUGGCGGUCACGAUGCCACCGCUUUUGUAUUAGACGAUACCGCGGACCGAAAGAAGUUCAAAAGCGUCAGCGUCGGGCGCUGGGGCAAGGUGCAAGAUUUCAACCGCUUCAAGUAUGAAGAGAACGAUAUCGAAAAGUUUGGUUGGGAUGCCUUCAAAAGUGUAAGCACGAACGUACACGGACAUGACCUGCUCCCCCAGUUACAAAAUUUAAAACAAACGCCCAAGUUUGCUUGGAUAUUAUCCGACCAUGAGCCAUACCAGCUUAUCGAAACCCUAGACUACCAUUUCCCACAGGCUACCAAAGCUGGAUUAAUAGGUGCCUCUACACCAUUUAUCACUGGAACUCCAUAUACUUUAUUUUAUAACGAAAAAAUGUUACCGGGAGGCUCCAUUGGAUUCGUGUCCUCUUCAGUGCCAAAAGUAAGAUCCAGUGUCCAACACAUAGCCUUGGAAGCCCUUGGUAGUCCAAUGACUGUGACGAGAUGCCGGGGUAACAUUAUAUUGGAUUUGGAUGAAACGAGUGCCACCGGGUUGUUGUUGGACCUUUUAAAUAAGGGCCACAAUGCCAAAAUUUCUAAGGACAAAGAGUUUUAUCUUGGUGCAUGCACCGAGGACGCCGGCGAUAAUGUACAACUGACGUCAGUCCAUCGUGUUACAAGUGGUGAUCCAUCCAAAGGAAACAUGUCAAUAGAUACGACAAAGGAUUUCCAAGUAGGUCAGAAAGUGCAGUUUCUCCACCGUGUGGAUAUUACUGCCAAAACCGAGUCUGAACAGUCAAAUGGCGAACAAAUAGUUUGUACGGUGGCAGAAAAGGAUACCACUUAUAUCGGAAACAACUCGUUUAAACCAGAUGUGAACUCAACAACAUCCAAUGUUUUCGGUGGAAGUAGUGAAAAUGGAAUUUUGGUUGGUCAAGCAGACCAGACAACGUAUGUCUUGGAUGCCCCUCACUCCGAAUAUACAGUUAAAAUACAAUAGAAUGUACAUGAUAGGAUUUUUUUUUCUU